AUGUCUGACAAUUCGGUAGCUCUCCAGGCUAUCAGCAAUGAAAGCGUUAAUUUGGAAAAUGCUUCCAUUGAAGAUGUAUUUGUAAAUCUCACUUGUACAAGAGAAGGUUUGACCUCUGAUGAAGUACAGGAGCGACUUACAAGGUUUGGUUACAACAAACUUGAAGAGAAAAAGGAGAAUAAGAUACUCAAGUUCUUGGGAUUUAUGUGGAAUCCACUGUCAUGGGUCAUGGAAGCUGCAGCCAUCAUGUCCAUUGCUAUGGCACAUGGAGGAGGAAAGCCUGCGGAUUAUCCUGAUUUCGUGGGCAUUGUGGUGUUACUUGUGAUAAACUCAACUAUAAGUUUCAUAGAAGAAAACAAUGCAGGCAAUGCAGCUGCUGCUCUCAUGGCUCGCUUGGCACUUAAAGCCAGGGUCCGGCGUGAUGGUGAAUGGAAAGAGAUAGAUGCAGCUGAGUUGGUUCCAGGAGAUAUAAUUGCUAUCAGACUUGGAGAUAUCAUUCCUGCUGAUUCAGCACUUACAGGAGAAUCUCUUCCUGUGACAAAAAACCCUUAUGGAUCAGUGUACUCUGGUUCAACUUGCAAGCAAGGUGAAAUACAAGCCGUUGUGACCACUACAGGGAUUCAUACUUUCAAUGGGAAAGCAGCUCAUCUUGUGGAUAACACUACACAUGUUGGUCACUUCCAGAAGGUUUUGACAUCAAUUGGGAACUUUUGUAUCUGCUCAAUAGCAGUUGGAAUGGUGAUUGAGAUCAUUGUGAUAUACGGUAUCCAACAGAGAGGGUACCGUGUUGGUAUCGACAACCUUCUUGUCUUACUCAUUGGUGGUAUCCCUAUUGCAAUGCCUACUGUUCUCUCUGUUACUAUGGCCAUCGGUGCUCACCGCUUGUCUCAGCAGGGUGCGAUAACGAAGAGGAUGACAGCAAUUGAAGAAAUGGCAGGAAUGGAUGUUCUAUGCAGUGAUAAAACAGGCACUCUCACUUUAAACCAGCUUACUGUCGACAGAAACCUGAUUGAGAUUUUCAAGAAGGGCAUUGACAAGGAUAUGGCUGUGCUUAUGGCUGCUAGAGCUGCACGUUUAGAAAACCAAGAUGCAAUCGAUACUGCCAUUGUUUCAAUGCUGGGAGAUCCAAGAGAAGCACGUGCAGGGAUUGAAGAAGUCCAUUUUCUUCCAUUUAAUCCAGCUAACAGAAGGACAGCAAUAACCUACCUUGACGGAGAAGGCAAAAUGCAUCGCGUCACCAAAGGCGCACCUGAGGAGAUUUUGGAUAUGGUUCACAACAAAUCAGAAAUCAAGGACAGUGUACAUUCAUUGAUCAACGAGUUUGCUAACCGUGGUCUAAGAUCCCUUGGAUUGGCCUAUCAGGAAGUACCUGAUGGCAAUGAUAAAGGAGAGGGUGGUCCAUGGGAACUCAUAGCCCUAAUUCCUCUGUUUGAUCCUCCACGCAGUGACAGUGCUCAGACAAUAGCGAGAGCUCUUCUCCUUGGAGUCAGUGUUAAAAUGAUCACUGGUGAUCAGCUUGCAAUAGCUAAAGAAACAGGAAGAAGACUAGGGAUGGGAACAAACAUGUAUCCAUCUUCUGCUCUCUUUGGUGUAGAAGGCCAAGCAGAAUCAACAAUCCCCAUUGAUGACCUCAUUGAAAAUGCAGAUGGUUUUGCAGGAGUAUUUCCUGAGCAUAAGUAUGAGAUCGUAAAGAGACUGCAAGCUAAAAAGCACAUUUGUGGUAUGACUGGCGAUGGAGUCAACGAUGCACCUGCUUUGAAGAUAGCUGAUAUUGGAAUUGCUGUUGAUGAUGCCACUGAUGCUGCUCGUGGUGCUUCUGAUAUUGUCCUGACAGAACCAGGGCUUAGUGUUAUCAUCAGUGCUGUCUUGACUAGCCGUGCCAUUUUCCAGAGAAUGAAGAAUUACACGAUAUACGCUGUUUCAAUCACUAUACGUAUUGUGAUGGGUUUCAUGCUUUUAUGUGUCUUUUGGAAAUUUGAUUUCCCUCCGUUCAUGGUUCUUGUAAUCGCAAUACUUAACGAUGGCACUAUAAUGACAAUAUCUAAAGAUAGAGUCAAGCCUUCUCCAAUACCAGAUUGUUGGAAACUCAAGGAGAUUUUCGCCACCGGUGUUGUCCUUGGGACUUACUUGGCGCUGAUGACAGUCAUCUUCUUCUGGGCGGCUUACGAAACCAACUUCUUCACUAGAAUAUUCCCAGUGAGGGAUUUCAACCAGCACCAUUUCAACAUGAAAGACAAGGAAGUGGCUGCAAAGCUUAAUGAAGAGAUGGCCUCGGCUGUUUACCUUCAAGUCAGCACCAUUAGCCAAGCUCUCAUCUUUGUGACUCGUUCAAGAAGCUGGUCAUUCGUUGAGCGGCCUGGUUAUCUUCUUUUAUUCGCUUUCCUCGUUGCUCAGCUGAUUGCAUCGGUUAUAUCAGCGAUGGCGGAUUGGAAGUUUGCUGGGAUCAGAAGUAUAGGAUGGGGAUGGACUGGAGUUAUAUGGAUAUACAACAUAGUGACUUACAUGUUACUUGAUCCUAUCAAAUUUGGUGUUCGUUAUGGUCUAAGUGGCAAGCCUUGGAGUCGAAUGUUUGAGCAGAGGAUUGCACUCACAGGGAGGAGAGACUUUGGGCAAGAACAACGAGUGGCUGCUUGGGCGAGUGAGCAGAGAUCAAUGCAUGGUCUCGAGAACCCACUUGACUCACCUGGAAACAGCCCAAGGGUUGCUGAUGAUUCCAUAAGACGAGCAGAGCUUGCAAGAAUGAGAGAGCCUCAAACCCUGAAAGAGAAAGUGGAGUCAUCUUCUGUUGCUUCCACUUCACAAAAAUGA